AUGGGUGCGCUCGAUGUUCUCAGUAGGAAUAGUAGUGUUAUCGUUGGGGACGACAUCUUGAACGUGGGUAUCUAAUAGCUCUAUACCCUGUCUUUCUCCGGUGUACUGUACAACUGACAGAUAUCACCAUAUAGCUCUUCAAAUAUGCCAAAGCUAACGGAUUCGCCGUCCCCGCUAUUGUCAGUUCUCCCUCUCAUCUCCUCCUCCUCAACCGUCGUCGCCGCCAGGGACGCCCACUCACCGAUAAUCCUAUAAACCUCCCAGGGUGUCGCCGCCUACUUCGCCGGCAAAGGUGUACCCAACGACGACCAAACAGCCGGCAUAUCCGGUGCGAUAGCGGCAGCGCACUACAUCCGCGCCAUCGCGCCCGCCUACAAGAUCCCGGUAAUCCUGCACACAGACUACUGCCCAGCGAAGCUCCUCCCCUGGCUGGACUGGAUGCUAUCCCCUGACGAGGCGCACUUCGCCGAACACGGGGAACCGCUAUUCAGUUCGCACAUGAUCGGCCUGAGCGAGGAGGACAAGGACUUCAACAUCGCCACCACGAAGAAGUACUUGUCCCGUGCGGCGCUGAUGAAGCAAUGGUUAGAAAUGGAGAUAAGGACUACAGGCGGUGAGGAGGAUGGCGUCGAUAAUACUGGCGUGGAUAACAGCGCACUGUACACACAGCCUGAGGAUAUCUGGGAGGUGUAUAGUGCCUUGGUUACCGUCUCCCCGUACUUUUCUAUAGCGGCCGGGUUCGGGAAUGUGCACGGGGUGUACAAGCCUGGGAAAGUCAGGCCGCAUUCAGAGUUACUUAGGAGGCAUCAGGAGUUCACAAGGGGAAAAUUGGCGGGGGGGGGGAGGAGAAGCCAUUGUUUCUGGUCUUCCAUGGUGGAUCCCGGGAGCACCAAAGCUGAGUUCGAAACCGCUAUCGGUCAUGGAGUUGCCAAGGUUAAUCUAGAUACGGAUCUUCAGUCUGCCCUCCAUGAGGAAACGUAG